GGUUUUGUCAUUGGAAGACUUCGUUCUGACGGGAGGGGAUUUGGGGAGGUACCAGAUAUUUAUAGCCAUUGUAUCUUCGUCUACGAUAUGCAUGCACACCUUCUGUCUUACACUGGAGGUGUUCACAGCCCUGACUCCAACCUGUCACUUUGAUGAAGGUUCUUGGUGGUGUCCCAAGAAAUGCUCCUCCCUAAACAUAUGUUAUCCUAAAUAUUGUAACUACACGUGGGACCAGCCGAACUUGUCCAUUAUAUCCGAGUUUGACCUUACUUGUCAUGAUGCGUAUAAGGCUAAGAUAGUAUCCUCAUACGCUUUCCUGGGCUAUACAUUUGGUUGUUUAUUCUGGGGAUGGGUAGGGGAUAAGAUCGGAAGAGUACCAACCAUUCACCUGUGCCAGUUCUUAAACACCGGUCUACUAUUCCUUACUUCCCUUACACCUACUUACGAGUGGUACUGCCUGGCUAGGAUACUUACAGGGUUUACAGCAUGUCACUGGAAUACGGCCUGUGUGUAUGCUACUGAGUGGGGAGGCAGGAAGAACCGAUCCUUCACUCUCGUAGCCCAUAUUUUCUAUAUGAGUGUCGCCUUCGCCCUCUUUGGAACUCUGGCUUACUACAUAAGACCAUGGAGACAGCUAAUAGUUGCUCUGUCAAUCUUUGGAGCUGCAGCAUUUCUCAUUAUGUUACCGUCACUUAAAGAGAGUCCCAGGUGGCUGUUUUGCAACGGCAAGAAGGAACAAGCAGUGAAGAAUGUACAGUUUGCAGCUAAAGUUAACGGUUUGCCAAUCGUGACCAUCACCGACGUAGAAGAGGAUAUUUGCCUCAGUGAAUCAUCUUCUGCUGGAACGGAGAGUGUUUGGUUACUCCUCCAACGACCCCGUCUAAUCUUCAUCACACUGACCUUCUACCUAACAUCAGCUGCCAACGUCCUCAUCUACUACAUGCUAAAGUUCUCCGCAGAACAGCUGUCUUCCUCGCCCUACCUUAGUUGCUGGUUGUUGUCGUUGUCAGAUAUUCCCUCUGCUGUUCUCAUCCACUUCUGUUCCGAUUUGAAGAGAAGACCGGUAAACUUCUGGGUACAGACGGUAGCUGUAGCUUUCUGCUUUCUCUGCUGUGUACCACAGAUUCGUUUGGCAAGUGCAGUUCUGUGCAUGGCGUUCGCAGCGGUUAGCUUCAACUACGUGUACUUGUAUCUAGCUGAGGUCUAUCCUACUUCUAUGAGGAACAGAGUCACUGCUGGGUGCAUCGCUGUGGCUGAGAUCGGAGGGAUGGUGGCAAAUCCCCUGGUUCUGACCACUGAAAUCUUGGACAUCUUACCUUUCCUCAUCGCUGCUUCUGUUGCGGUCGGUCCGACAAUAGCAUCGUGGUGGUUACCAGAGACCAAGAACAGGCCCCUCCCGGACUACUUCAUAGACACACUAAACAUCGUGUACACCCCUGAAGAACGGCCCCUCCUCAUUGUUCCGGUGGUUGAGUCCCCCAGGAACCUGACCAAGGGUUCCUUCAUAGCGGGCCUGAGUGUGGAGUUGGGAGACAGUCUGGACAGUAGAAGGAACAUACCAAGUCUUGUGGACACUGAGAGUAUUGAGUUACCUGAGUGAUGAUAGGACAUGUUCAGAUAGAUGUUAUUUAGUAUUUGAUAUUUUUUACUGAAGAUUUAUUAUUUAUUGAACAGUUUAAUCGUUAAUCUAGGGAUGGUAAUUAAACAGUUAAUUGUGACCCUUACCAUACCAUAUUUAUGAACUAUCUCAUAUAACAUAGUGGGAUUGUGAUUAAUUACAAAUUUAAAAUUCUAGUGGUCUCAAUCUGACCCGCUUUUACUUCAACUAGUACUGACUCAGGUUCAGCUUGGUAACAUGACCUACCAGUAAACUUUAAGUUGACAGCUUAUUGACCCUUUAGUGACCCGAUCCGUCCACAUGUUUUCAUUUGUGACCUUUCGGAGGCUCUUUUACAGGAUUUUUUGGACCCCAGGGCUUCACCAUUUUUCCGUGGUAUCAAAAAUAUUGGCAAUUUAUUAUAUUUUAUUUGGUAAAUUAUACUGUUUAAUAGUGUUUACCAGAUUAGCAAAAAAUGUUUGGAUUAUCAAGCUAAUGCUGUUUAUUGGUUUAUCUUUCACUUUCAGUGACGGCUAUUUAAGAAAUGACAGCUCUUUGAAAU